AUGAAUCCAAGCAGCCAUCAUCACCUGAGCUCCAACAUUUUGCCCUGUUCGAGUUUCUCACACCCGUUCACACCCCGCGAGGGACAUAUUCAAUGGAGAAAAAGCAGAAAAUUGUCGUGAUUGGAGCCGGCCCCGUUGGCUCACUUGCGGCCUUGUAUGCCGCAAAUCGGGGUGACGAUGUCGAGAUAUACGAGCUGCGAAGUGAUCUCCGAGAUCCAACGACGACGCCGCUCAACUUCACCAAAUCCAUCAACCUGGCUCUCUCGGAACGCGGCAUCAAUGCUAUGCGCCAUUCUGGACAACCAAAACUUCUUGAAAAUGUUUUGGAAGCCACGAUUCCGAUGCGUGGCCGCAUGAUUCACGGGAGACGAGCCAACGGCGAUCUAUAUGAGGAGCCCCAAGACUACGACGGCGUACACGGACGAUCCAUCCUCGCUGUUGACCGCAGCCGUCUUAACGAGCGUCUGCUCGAUAUCCUGGAGGGGAUGCCCAAUGUGACCUUCUUUUUCAACCAUAAGCUCACCGGCGCCAAUUUCCGGCAGAACAAGGCCUGGUUUGAAGUUCGGGAGAAUGGAUCGGCUCCGGCUCCUGGGCAGCGAGCUCGCGAGGUCGAAGUUGACUUUGACUUUAUGAUAGGCGCUGAUGGCGCCCAUUCUGCUGUCAGGUACCACAUGAUGAAGUACACGCGCGUGGACUACCAGCAAGUGUACGUCGAUACCCUGUGGUGCGAAUUUCAGAUCCGACCCAAGACGACCGCCCCGGACGCGAGUUUGAAUUCCAAAUUUGCGAUAUCCCCGAACCACCUUCACAUCUGGCCGGGCAAGGAUUUCAUGUUCAUUGCCAUUCCCAGCGGCGACGGCUCCUUCACCUGUACCCUGUUCGCCCCCGCUGCGCUCUACGAACACCUCGAAUCCGACUCUACCGGCUCGCUCAUUCCGCCCUUCUUUGAUAGGCACUUCCCCGGCGUCACGGCGCUGAUCCCGCCGGCUGAACUGAUCGAGUCAUUCCGCCGCAACCCGCACCUGCCGCUCAUCUCGAUCAAGUGCCAACCGCACCACUACGGCUCGUCUGUCGUCCUGGUCGGAGAUGCCGCCCACGCCAUGGUCCCCUUCUACGGGCAGGGGAUGAACGCCGGGCUGGAAGACGUGCGCAUCCUCUUCGACGUGAUCGACAAGCACGCACGCAUGGACGAGCUCAGCGCGGGCGCGGACCGGGCCAGCUCCCGCGGGCGCGCCCUAGCCGAGUACACGGCUGUGCGGGUGCCGGACGCGCACGCCAUCAACGACCUGGCACUGCAAAACUACGUCGAGAUGCGUGCGUCGGUGCUGUCGCCCGGCUACCGGCUGCGCAAGUUCCUCGAGGAGGCGCUCGCCAAGUACGUGCCGUCGCUCGGCUGGCAGACCAAGUACUCGCGCGUCUCGUUCGGCAACGAGCGGUACUCAGAGGUUGUAGCCAAGAGCGAGCACCAAGGCCGGAUGCUGGUGCGCGGGCUCGUCGGGCUGGUCGGGCUGCCCCUGCUGGCGGGCGGGAUGGUCUUGUUGCUGCGGUACAGGAGAGCGAUGAACGUAGGCUUAAAGGCCGCGUUUGGGUCGGUGGAUUCGAUCGUGGAGCUGAUGACCAUGAACUAGUGGACUUUCAAGGUAUUAUUUUUGUUGUAAUGCAGAACUCGCUGUC